AUGUCUGACUGGGAAGAGGAUAUGUAUGAUGAUGAUGAAGAGGAGGAACUUUCGUUUGAGGAGGAUGAAGCUAUCGAUGAAAGUAAGGAUGGACUCGACGAAAAGGCAAAGAGUUUUGACGAGGAAAGUUUAUACUUCCAAGCCAAAAAUUUAAAGGAGGAGGACAAUUUGGUUGAUGCAGCUAAAUUGUUUGAAGUAAUUUUAAGCAAUCAGCAUGCCACUUCAACUUAUGUGUUCAAAUCAUUGAAGCAGUUGAUAAAGGUUUAUGAAAGCGAGAAAGAUCUAGAUAAGAUACUUGAAUUACUCACAAGAUUAUUUGACAUGAAAGACGACCCACACCUUACUACAUUAUAUUUUAACUCAUCACUUUUCAAAAUUGUGAACAGAAUAGACAGAGAAAAUUAUGAGAUAUUGUUAGCCAAGAACAUAUUUCUAAAGUUUCAGCAAUAUAUACAUCAGCUUUCACCUGAACAACAAAAUGAGACUUCGAACAAAAAAUUGAAAAUAAAAGUUCAACUAUGCAUUGCUAAUUGUUGUUUGAAUGCUGGAGAUUUAGAUCAAGCAUCUGGAAUACUCUCAGUUCUAGGGAAUGAAAUAAUCAGUGCAAAUGAAUCAAUUAAAAGCACGUAUCACUUAGAUAUCUUGGCUGCCCAAAUACUUUUACUCCUAAGCAAAAAAGGUAAUACUUUAGAGCUUAAAAGGUUAACAGAAACAGCAAAUAACUUGAUCUCUGGUAUUCCGCAGUCAAGAAUUUUAGGGGCUAUUAAUGAGGGAUCAGGAUUAGUGUCAAUGUAUUCAGGCGAUUUUAAAGCAGCAAAUAAUUACCUUCAAGUUGCUUUCAAAAGUUUCAAUGAUUGUGGUGAUAAAAGGAGAGUGCAUGUUCUUGUGAAAUUUAUUUUAAGCUCAAUACUUUCUCAAUCUGAAGUCAACCCUUUUCAAUCGAGUGAUUUCCAAGGUUUUAUCAAAAUUAAAUUGAUUGAGAACCUGAUGGAUAUGUAUGCUGCAUUCCAAAACAUGGAUAUCUAUAGAUUUAAUACCAUUGUCAAUCGAGAUAACUUUGUCUGCAAUAUUGGUGAUUAUCAGAUAAUAGAUGAUUUUAUGCCCCAACUAAAAGAGCUCUUUUACACGAAUUAUAUUAUUGAGCAUAUUCCUGUGUUUGAAAAGGUAAAAUUUAACUACUUCACAAAAAAGCUCAAUGUUACAAACUUAUCAUUUGAACGGUUACUGAUCAAGAUUUACAAUAAAGGCUUAAUUCCAAAUUAUAAAAUUGAUUGUGUUAACAACAUCAUCAUCAAAACCUCUUCCGAUAAGUUUACAGAGAUUAAUUCGCUACAAUACUUAGAAAAUGCUUUCAAGUAUUAUACCCUACCAAAUACCAAUGUAGCCGAAGAAUUUGCAACAAAGUGCCAACAGCUUGGAAAUGAUAGAACUAACUCUGAUAAAGUGAAGAUUGUAAAAGAUUUCCCUGAAAUGAUGGAUUUAGAUUGUGAAGAUUUGGAGAGGCUUAAAUACUUUGAUGAUGAUAGUAAUCACGCAAAAGAAAAUGCCAGUAGUAAUAUCAUAGAUAACAAUGAUAUAGAGCGAAAUUUUCCUCCAUUGAACAAGGGUUUUAUACCGGUGAAUCUUGAUAGGCUAGAAUUUGAGACAAGGUACAAUGUUGAAAGCUUGCAAAAAAUUGCAUUUUUGCUAUUCAGUGAUCAUUUUAUCAAAAUGGAUCUUUCGAGUGACUCUCAAAUAGGAUUAAAGUUAAGACCAUGCAUUGAUAAGUAUAUUGUGUUGAUUUGCAAUAGUAUACCCAGUGCAGUAGCAAAAAAUGUCUCUUAUUUUGAUAAAAUUAAGGAUGAAAAGAUGCAACUUGAAUUUAGUAAGUUAUUUAGCCAUUCUACCGUGCAAUCAAGUGGAAAUGAAAAGAAUCAAAGUGAUCAGAAUAUUCCAGAUGUUCUUCAAACUACGUUGAUGAAUCCGAUAGAGCCCCCAUCAAAUCCUGAUGUGCUAAACGAUGCGGAUUUUUUACUUAAAAGCAAAGAGAAGAAAAUUUUGAGACUACAGACAAUUGAAGAUUUUGUCAGCACGGUAGUGAGUAAACAUAAUGAGUUCAAAACACGAGGGUGUAAUUUUUCAACUACUAUAGAAGGUUACGAUGAGGAUAGCGGAAAGUUCAACAGGCAUGAUUUGGAGAUAAACCGAAUUGUGAUAAGUAGAUUAUUCAGCCGGCAACCCAUAUCAGCUGACCAAUCUGAGACAACCUCUUUAGACAACAUGUCCUUUGAUGGUGCUGAAGAUAGAGAAGACGUUUUUUGA